UGAUGCAUUGUGGUGCAUAUGGUUUUGUUGCUCUCAGUUCCCUGAACUCUUGAAUUUUACAAGAAAUGUGUGACAAUCAGGUGAAUGAUCUGAGGACAAACUAUCAAUUCUUUACUCAUGUGAGAUCAUAUAUUGAUUGUUCAGAAUUUAUGUAGAUCACAUUUCCUAUUACAUCUUGGACCUCCCCCUUGGUGUGAGGCUUAUAUGCUUGAAUCGGAAACGUUGCAUACGAGAGUAGCAAGCGCGGUGUGUUGGUGUGUGUCACUACUUCCUUUUCAGCUGCAAGCCCCAGAUCAAGAGGCUCAGGAGAGCACGAGAUAGGAAACCUCUAGGCAUUUUCUCAUCUUUGCUGGACUGCUCAUUUUGACUGACAUGUCGAACCCAGUCAUCACUCAGCCUGGGGCUGGAUCUUACGGUACAAAUGUGCAGACUGGAGAGUGGAGCACUGGUCUUUGUUCUUGCUGCAGUGACCUACUUGUCUGUGGUCUUGGCUUCAUCUGUCCGAUAGCUCUCAGCUGUUACACAGCGAACAAGUACGGUGAAAAUUUAUGUCUAGCUUGUGUACCAGGAGGAAUGGCUGCAAUGAGGACACACAUGCGACUGACCUAUGGAAUACAGGGCACAAUAUGCAAUGAUGCUUUGAUGACCUGUUGCUGUGGAAUAUUUGAAACCUGUAGAAUGGCCAGAGAAAUUCGUAUCAGGAAUGGAGAGGCCUAAUUACUGCCUUCACUAAUAACUGUUUCAGUCUUAAAAUUGAAAAAAUAUAUAUUUUUAUAAAAUAAAUAUAUUUUUUAUUGAAAUAAAGGCAGGAGGUAUUGUUAAAAGCAGGAUAAUUACAACCAAGUUACAAUUAAUAAACGUACAUUCUUUGGAAAUAAAAAGCUUGACCCAUACUGUUUAGUCAACAGUGUUACGUUAUUGUAAAAGUUUUGAGUUUGCGUAAAUUCUUAUGUUCAAUAAUGCAUUGUUUGUGGUGACAUUUUUGCUGUAAUGCUCAAAAUGUGCUGCUAACCUGCAGCAUUAAUAUGUAACUGUACAGAAGGUGUGUGUCAUAUAUUUAAUAAUAGCCGCCAAACACAGUACAGUGUAAAUCGUAGCCUACCUAAUCAUAUUAAAAUAACGCAAUUGUUUACGCCAUUUGCUGAUUAAAUAAAUGGUUUGCAUUGUU